UGCAAUAGAUCAAAACUAAAAAGAAUUCCAACAAUAAUAAAUCAAGCAGUGCCAAUAACAAGCCUUUGGUCAGAAUCAACACAACCAAAAAUGGCAGCAACAACUUCCACCAUUGUGGGCUUGGGAACCUCCUCUCUGUCUUCUCCAUCUCACCUUGUUUCCGCUAAGCAAACUGUCAGCUUGACAUCAGGGUUUUUGAGAUCUCCGGUGGCAGCAAGAAACCCGUUGAGGCUAGCACAAGCUUCGGGAGGGAAGUUUACAUGUUUCGAGCAGAACUGGCUCCGUAGGGAUUUGAAUGUGAUCGGUUUUGGACUGAUCGGAUGGCUUGCACCAUCAAGCAUUCCUAUUAUCAAUGGCGAUAGCUUAACCGGACUCUUCUUUAGCAGCAUUGGAACUGAACUUGCUCACUUCCCCAGCCCUCCUGCUCUAACUUCUCAGUUCUGGUUGUGGCUUGUUACAUGGCAUUUGGGUUUGUUCAUCUGCCUAACUUUCGGGCAAAUCGGCUUUAAGGGAAGGACCGAAGAUUACUUCUAAUCAUUGAUGUAAUCGUACUUAGUACUAUUGUUUAUGUAUUUGUGGAACCCUUGUAUGUAUUUGUGUAUGUUAAUGCUCUUUAAUCAUUUUCCAACCGUUGUACCUUU